AUGUCCAGCCACGAAGGGAACACCAUGGAGGACCAAACGGGCAGCUGCUGCAGCGCGGUGACAACACUCGUUCUCGUCGGCAUCUUCUUGGCUUCCUGCGCCGUUCUCUUUAUCAUCUUCUUCUUCUCCCGCAGCUUGCUUCGGAGCACCUGGCACGAGCGCGCCACGGCCGGGCUUGAUCGCUCCGCCAUCCGCGCCCUGCCCACCUUCGCCUACCGAAGAGCCACCUAUGAUCAGGGCAGCGGCACCGGCGCCGGCAAACAGGGGACGUCGGCGGAGUGCGCGGUCUGCAUCAGCGUGGUGGAGGACGGGGAGGAGGUGAGGUUGUUGCCGAACUGCAAGCAUGUUUUCCAUGUACAGUGCAUCGACAUGUGGUUGCACUCCCACUCCACCUGCCCCUUAUGUCGGAGCGCCGCCGAGCCCAGGAAGAUGGCCAAGAAGGUGGGAGCAGCCGAGGUCGACCUCGCGACCACCGCCGUCUGAGUUGUAUACUGGUGAAGCCCAGGAUGAUGGAUUCGCCGUUCCGGGGAGGAUGCUGCGCGCUGAAGAGAGAACUUAGAGAAGCAGUAGUAAUUUGUGAAAUUCUGUAGAUUUAUUCUUUUGAUUUACCUUAAUUUCGUAAAUCAUCGGUUUGAGAGAAAUGAAGGGUUCCUGCUGUAGAAAUUCUGUUUAGUGAAGGGCUUGUCUGCUUUUGUGAGGUAUUUACCUGCAAGUUUUCAUGGCUUUAGGUGGUGUCGUGAUUGGCUAAUGGGGGAGCGGAAGUUCAGAGACUUGGUACUCGGUGAAAGGGCAAAGGACUUGGUUUGUCUUCGUCUGUCCGGUGACUUGCGUAGAAGUUUUGUUUAUAGGCUGUAUGGUUGUUGAGAUAUUCUUGUGUAUUUAAAUAUGGUUUGAAUGAAUGAUCAGGCAGCAGUUUGGCUUGCAA